AUGACGACGACGAUUCCACUCCUGACUCCCCGACAAGUCAUUUUUCAUAGCGCUGAUUUGUUAUUGGCCAAAAAGGCAUUGCCGGAUGACAAUGUCAUUCGAAAUGCUGCUGGCAAGCCCAUGGUUCAAAUUCAAGGACAGGUCGCCCUUUGGGAUCCCGAAUUGCAACGGCUCGAUAUGGUCCAUCAAGGUGCGAAAUUGAUUGUGAGAACAACGCAGUCUUGCGACGUUACAUGUUUGGAAGUAGGAAAGACAGUCGUGGUGGAAGGAGUGCUCAAGAAAGAGCAACGGCGGACCUUUUUGGAGGCAACUAAAGUACAGAUAAUGGAUUGA